AUGGCAGAUCGAAGCGAUAGCCUGAAGCGAAACCAGGAAUCCCGUAAAAAGGGCCACCCUCAACUGAAAGAUAAGCACCAGCAAGCUACAGUGAGUUUAAAAGGUCUCAAUCAGAGCUCAGUAGCUAACACCACGUGGAAACGUCGCGAGCAGCUUCGCACCGCACAGAGAGCGCAUCGCUUUCGAAGAAAGGACACGCUCCACAACUUAGAAAAACGGGUGGACAAGUUCGAGACUGGUAUCGACGAUAUUAUCCAUACAUUUUUCGAUCUCAGCAAGCAAUUGCUGGACAUAAAAGCUCUUGAAAACAAUCCUCUCUUGGCUUCAGCAUUACAGCAGAUGACCCGGGAGUGCAUAUCGCUGGCGGAGAUGGCGCAGAUGGAAACCGUAGCAACCUAA